AUGAUCCUUGGUGCCGCCAUCCCGCCUCGUGCGAAGCCGAUCGACAGGUAUCAAGCGUUGCUACGGCGACAAGAAACUGAAAGGAAGAGCAUGGCAAAGACGCUGAAACAGUAUGGGGUGAACCCCGAUGAUUUCCCUACAGCAGCAAACCAGGGUAGUACACGAGAUAACGAAGAGAGACCUGCCAGCCCGUUUGGAGAGCUACUGUCGCUGGAGGAUAUUGAACGAAAGCCUCAAACUCAGACAUCGGAUGUUGCGAAUCUGCUGGAAAAUCGACCCGCAGAAUCGGUCUCCCAAACCGAACCCGAAUCCGAGAAGAAUGAACUUUAUGAAAAAGUUCUAGCUCUCCGAAAGCUCUGUAUGAGAUUUUUGCCAACUGUACGCAAGCACUGCGUUGGUGAGCGGACGGCAAAGGAGUACGUGAAGCGUUGUGAAGGCUACUUCAGUGACUGCCAGAGUUUUCUGCCCCGAUCUGAUCCUCUCUACAGCAUUGCCAACGCAUUUACCUCAAAUGUCGGUUUGAACCUCGGUAGCGUAGAGGUGAACGGUAUACCGUAUUAUCCCAUCAAUCAAGAAGGAUCUAUUGGUGUGGGACAUGUUGUCAGCGUUCCGUUUGGCACAUGGGGUGGUGGAUGGGCGGACAAUUUCGGCGUCAGGGACUACUGGUCGCAAACGGCUGAAGCUGGUGCUAAUUGGUACGAUGGAAAAUACGGCUACAAAUUUGGAUGGAGUGUUCCUCUGGUGCAAUCGCUGGGAGUUGAAGGCGACACUCAUGCUUUGGUGUCGGUACCGAUCAAACAAGGUGAGCUCGGUAAACCAAUAGGAGUUGACGUUGGGCUUGGAGUCGGACCGUACUAUCAACAAAAUCAACAUGUCGGAGUGGACUACAUGAACGGCCAGGUUGGAACCAGCUUUGGUAUUGGUGUUCCAUUUGCUGGUGUCGGCUACAAGACUGGCACUGGAGUGGUGUUCCCGUCUGUCAACACUUUCCUUCCAUAA